GCAAACCACAUUGCAGCCACGGGUGGGGGAGGGGGCGGUCUGGGCCCCGGAGGAGUCCCUGCUGCAGCCUGGAAGGCAGGGACGCUGCGCAGAGAAACAUGCGAAGGACAGUAAAGUAGUGAUAAUUCAAUGAGGCCCCGGGCGCUGAAGUGGAGCUAGGAAAUAUAUUAAUUUAAGUGCCUACUAUGCAAGGGGCAGUCCUUCAGAGGCCUGGAGGCCACUGGGAUGGAUCCUGGCAGUUGUUCCCUGCCUAGAAUCAAGUCCAGGUCUCCCUUGGAAGGGAGGCCUGGGCAGCAGAGUGAAUAUUCUGUCCUUGAAACUGUACAGCUGGGAGGUAGAAAGGGCACUCCCAUUGUAGAGAGGGGCAAACUGAGUCACAGGGUGCGUUUGCUCACUCCCUUAGAUCGCAGGCUCCCUUGGAGGUGGGAAAUCAGGCUUAGCUCUGCAUCUGCAGCACCCAGGGUGUAAAAGACUUAAAAAGUAUCCACUGGUCGGUUAUUUACUGGUAUGGCAAUAUAUGAUAGAAACAGGUUGCUAAAGGAUUAUACAUUGUAUAAUCCAAAUUUAGUAAAAUACACAGGCACAUACACAUAUUUUUUUUAAAUACUGACACUGGUAGACUACAAAAUGUUAAUAGCUGUUAUCUCUAAGUUGUAGAUUGCAGGUGUUUUUACUUUUAUUUUUUUAAAUUUUCUUUUAGUUAGUUCUGGCUGCCUUGGGUCUUCGUUGCUGCGCACAGGCUUUCUCUAGUUGCGGCGAGCGAGGGCUACUCUUUGUUGUGGUGCGAGGGCUUCUCAUUGCGGUGGCUUCUCUUGUUGGGGAGCACGGGCACUCGGGGGCUUCAGUAGUUGUGGUGUAUGGGCUUAGUUGCUCCGCGGCAUGUGGGCUCUUCCGGGACCAUUGCUCGAACCCGUGUCCCCUGCAUUGGCAGGCGGAUUCUUAACCACUGCGCCACCAGGGAAGCCCUCUCAGCUUCUUUUUAGUAACCUUUCUCCCUUCAGCAUGAAGUCUCAUUUUCCCUAAUUCCUGAGUACUGAAUUCUCGUGGUCUGGGGAGGAGACCCCAAAGCCUGUAUCCUUCCCUUUGCUUGCUGACUCCCACGCUUGUCCCUCAGGUCCGUUUUCCUGCUUUGCGUUUAUCAUAAUUAACAAUCACAUGCGACCCGUGAGACAUGAGUAGAAGCAGCAUACGUGGUAGCUGUCUUCGAGGGGCGGCAAGGAAAAAGGAUUAGCCAUGUCGUCUUUGAUCAGAAAGGUGAUCAGCACCGCGAAAGCCCCAGCGGCCAUUGGUCCCUACAGUCAGGCUGUGUUAGUCGACAGGACCAUUUACAUUUCAGGACAGCUAGGCAUGGAUCCUGCAAGUGGAGAGCUUGUGCCAGGAGGGGUGGCAGAAGAGGCUAAACAAGCUCUUACAAACGUGGGUGAAAUUCUGAAAGCAGCAGGCUGUGACUUGAUGAAUGCGGUAAAAACAACUGUUUUGUUGGCUGACAUAAACGACUUCAAUACUGUCAAUGACAUCUACAAGCAAUAUUUCCAGAGUAGCUUUCCUGCAAGAGCUGCUUACCAGGUUGCUGCUUUGCCCAAAGGAGGCCGUGUUGAGAUUGAAGCAGUAGCUGUCCAAGGACCUCUAGUGACAGCAUCGCUCUAAGUGGGCCCAGUGUUAUUCAGUCUGGAAUUUUAAUAAUGUUUUAAAAUUAACAUCUUAAUUUUUACAGUAUUUGUUGGAAAGUGUACAGUUGACUGAAAUAUCUGAAGUUAUUAUGGAAAUACCAUAUAAUAAGGGGAAUUGAACAUGAGUUGAAGAUUAAUGAUGAAUCUAGUUACUGAUGUUAUAAAUUACACUUCUAUAACACUCAUAUUACUGGAUGUGGGAAAAGAGACACACAUUACAUAGUUACUCAGAAAAACAAAAGUAAAGGGAAAUAGCAUGUAGGAAAGAUGAGUUACUAUUCCUGAGAAAUAAUAAAGAGCACACCUAAUUCAAUUAGACUCUAUUAAUUUAAUGAUGUGAACUAUUUAGUUCUCAUGUCAGAUACAUGAUUCUGCUUUUACUUGAGUAAAAUUAAAGCAUUUAAGUUUGAACGGUAGAGGUAAAGGAGAAGAAACUGGACCAAAUUUUAUAUAGAUAAUAUUUUUCUAAUGGAACUAAAAUAGCAUGCAGAUUAAAAAAAAAACA